UAUAUAUGUGUGUGUGUGUGUGUGUGUGUGUGUGUGUGUGUGUGUGUGUGUGUGUGUUUGUGUUUAUAUAAAUAAAUAAAUAAAACUUCGCAGACCGUAAAAGUUAACAAAAUUUAAAAACUGUUUGUGCGGUACCAAAUGAUCCACGGUCCAGUACCGGAACCACCUGCUAAAUAUUUUAAGAUUUACAUUUUAUUAUUAUUAUUAUUAUUAUUAUUAUUAAGUCAGAACAUCAAAAACUGAAGGAUGAAAUCAGACUAAAUGACCCACUUAUUACCCUUUAUAUUAGCUAAACCUAUUACUUAGGCCAAGUGACGUCACGACCCUCCUGACAAACAAGUCGUACGACUGUAAGAUUUUCGAUUCGGUCGUGUUUUGCGUGUCAAACCGCAGCAGUGAUCUUUACCUGCUGUCGAUGCGUUACCCAGGCGACGGUUUUAUGGGGUUUCCCCAGCGGUGACGUAAGGGGAUUUCCAUAAAGUCGAACGUGAUUGUAAAGUGAAAGAUUUGCAGAUCCAUUUCGAACCGCACGAGGUGUGAGUGAGUGAGUGUGAGGGUGUGUGAAAGAAGCAGAAGCAGAAGAUAUUUUGAAGCGAACACACACACACACAGAUCGGCUUGAACAGCCAGCGUCGGUGAAUAAAGCAGUACCAGUCGAGCAGGCGGAAAUGAGGGUGUAGAGUCUGGUUCUUCUCUCCAAGACGAAGCAGGAGGUGAACCUUUCAAGAAACCAAACUAUUUUUUCCCCCUUCAACUGACUUCACUUUGCCAUGAAAAUAAUGAACGGAUCAAUUCUCAACGGCGCGCCUGGGACCAAAGAGAUGGAUCUGGAAAUCCUAGAGGAAUUCUUAAGAGGUCAACCUGAUAAUCUCCCAGGUCCUCCUCCUCCACCCACAGACUCUGAUAAUCAGACUUACCCCACCACGACAGUAACAGCUAGACGCAGUUCUUCUACAGUGCUUGUCCCCAGAUGCACAUCCUCCAAGAACUACAACAUGCAGCCUUCAAACAGCAUAUCGGCUCUGCCAUCAUCUCGUGGCUCUAGAGGCCAGCGGCGUGGUACGUCUUCAGCAGGGGCUCAUUAUGUGCGCCCUCAUCACACGGGCACUGAACAGCUGGAGCAGCUGCUGGAAAAACCAGAGCUGGUGGUGGUGGAACAGCCCAAGGAACGAGGCAUGAGGUUCCGCUAUGAGUGCGAGGGCCGAUCGGCUGGUAGCAUUCUGGGAGCCUCGAGCACUGAGGUCAACAAGACACUUCCUGCCAUCGAGCUUCAAGGCCCGAUUGAUAGGAUAAAAAAUGUGACUGUCACAGUGUCUCUUGUGACAAAGGACAUCCCUCAUCGCCCACACCCACACUGCUUGGUUGGAAAAGACUGCUCAGAUGGUGUUUGUGUGGUCAGCUUUAACCCCCACAACACACGACGCCACAGUUUUGUGAAUUUAGGUAUCCAGUGUGUUCGGAGGAAGGAAUUAGAUGCUUCACUGAUGAGGAGGAAGAAGAAAAAUAUUGAUCCAUUCAGCACUGGCCACUCAAAGAGUAUUGAGGACAUGGACAUGAAUGUGGUUAGAUUAUGCUUUCAGUGUGAGUUGGAGAGAAACGAUGGGGAGAAAACCCAUCUCUACCCUGUGGUGUCUAACCCCAUUUAUGACAAAAAAGCGACAACAACCGCAGAGCUGAAAAUCAACAGGCUGAACAUUGUGCAAGGUCCCUGUACAGGCAAGACAGAGAUCUACAUGCUCUGCGACAAAGUGCAAAAAGAUGACAUCGAGAUCAUCUUUAGUUUGGGUAACUGGGAGGCUAAGGCCGAGUUCGCCCAGACCGACGUGCACCGGCAGAUCGCCAUUGUCUUCAAGUCACCGCCGUAUCAGGAACAGGACAUUGCGGAAGAGGUCGAGGUGAACGUGUCUCUCCGUCGCAUUUCAGACCGCAUGUACAGCGAGCCAGUGAAGUUCACUUACCUGUCGCACAAUCCAGAUCCAUACGAGGUCAAACGGAAGCGGAAACUCAAAUCCAAUAAGGACUGCAGUGCCAGCCGAGAUACGAUGAUAAACACACCAGCUCCAGCGCCCCAGUUUGAUCCGUCGUUCCCAGUCGAAGUGCCCGAUUGCGCUUUUCCGGCCCAGGAGGAGAGUCAGGCCACAUUUUCUCAGUCCUUGGACGAGAUUCACUAUGAAGACGGUUCAGAUCCGUGCGUCAGCCUGGACCAAGAUACAAUAAACAGCCUGCUGUUCAGCAUUAAUGAAUGCUUGGGCCCUCAGAACUUUCUCCAUCUUUUGAACGGCCAAGAGCCCAAUCCCAACAACGCAGACCCCAACCUGAAUCACCUGGAAGCCGAACAGCCUCCUUUAUUCGUCGACCCACAUUACAACCAGGAACUUCCACAAGACCUCCGGGACAUUUUCUUAUGUCAGGUCAAAACCGAAGACGAUUCCUGAAGAUUAUAAAAGUAAAGCUGUACGAAGAGCUCCUCGUUUUCAUUGGUAGAAAAUUAGGAUUUGGGUCUUCUGUUUAGAUUGACACUGCAUGUCCAACCCCUGAGGCUGCUCAAAGGUAUUUGAGAUAUUUGUAUAUCCAUGCCAUAAAUUCAUGGCUGCUCAGGCUUUGGUUUGUUUCUCCUCUUUGGAGUGUGUGUGUGUGUGUGUGUGUGUGUGUGUAGUGUGUAGUAAGCUUGAGCUUGAUACCCUUCUGUGUGGUGAUGUAAGGUCUGGAAAAUGGAUACGACCUUAAGGGAAGUCUCUCUUUGUUCAAACAAAAAGAGAAGAGAUACUGUUUGUGGAGAAACUGUCAAAUAGGUCAGUAGUGGAUGGCACAGGCAUAUCUUCAAUCAGGACCAGAACUGAAUAUUCCAGACUACCUUCAUGCUUAUAUACUCAUAUAUAAUUAAUGUUUCUGGAUUCACAUUCCUGCUGGAGUGUUUUCAACAACAACAAUAAAGGAUGUCAAGUAAUAGCAUUAAACCGAAUGAUGCACAAAUGUUAAGAUGGUUGACAUUUAAGAAUUAAUUUGACAUCCCGUGAACUAUUUUGUACAUUUUGUAAACGACGUAGCAACAGGUGAAGGAUUGUCAUAUACAUCUAUAUACAGAAUUCCACUUGUAAAAGAUCCGACCGAAACGCACUCCAUGUACGCAUCUGUGUGUCACGUAUUAAAGGCUUCAUUUAGAUCCUUUGCUUUUUUUUUUUUGGGGAUAAGUGAUGUCACAUACCAGCUAUUGCUACAUAUGGAUAAAACCAGACAUUAUGAAAUUUCAUUAUAUCCUCAUUCUUUAGAAAAGUAGCUUUGUACAAUAUAUUUCGUAACGUUGUCGUGUGUCAUUGAUUCAGUAGAAGCGGGUUUCCAUCACGUGGUAUUUGUUCAAUCAUUCACAUGGAAUGGAAACUGUUUUUAAAGGUUCGCUAACCUUCCCCUUCUUGCUGCAUGCAAAUCGAUGGAGAGAAGAAAUGCUGCAAAGUCAGAUUCCAUCAUGUCAUUGUCAAAUGCUUGGGUCAGUGCCAGUGGGGAAACUCCGACAUUGUGUAAUUCUCCCGAUUUGUUUAUACCAUUUUAUUUCUUUUCAUGAUGGGUCCAUUUUCUGUAUGGAUUUUUGUCUAGUGAACUUGUAGCUAUAGGUGCAGUAUAUGAUCAGCCCAUAUACGAGUUGUAUUUAGAUCUAAAUGGGAAGUAAAAACACUGUUAUUUAAAUAAUGUGAUACACUGUGGUUGGCCUUGGAACCGCAAUGCAUGCUGGAACAGUGCUUAUUUUGAAUUGUAUGUUAUUUGCUUCACUAUUUAAAUUCACUGUCUUCAAAACAAUAUGGAUACAAUCUUGUGUAAUUUAAUAGAAAAAUAAAACAGAUAUUGUUA